GGGCGGAACGAUGGAAGAAAAUCGUCAUUACCUAAUUGUAAUCCGCUUUAUAUUUGGGAGCCUAUCGGUCUGCUAACGUGUGUAUAUAUAGGCUCUAUAUAUUUUAGGCGACAGACUGACUGAAAGAGGGAAGUGCUUCCUGAUAAUGAGGAGGUGCGUCUUAUUUCCAUCCCAGUGAUUGACUGCGUACGGCUUCCACCGCCAAGAGCUGCGGGCAUUGACGCAUUGUGGAGUCAACAGGGAGGGGGCGAGCACUGCAAACCCCCGGCUUCGCCACACAUCGGAAGCAUCUACCGGCGUAACCACCGCGAUGGCCGUGGUGCAGCUCGAAACGGGGGACCGCCAGCCGGAGAACGGCUUCGUGACCCCCGAAACCGCGUCCCCGGAGCUGCUGACUCACAUCGACGAGUCUGUCCUGCCUUCUCUCGGGGGGUUUGGGAAAUACCAGAAACAGCUGAUCGUGCUGACAUGGAUCCCGGCGUUAUUUAUUGGAUUCAGCCAAUUUUCCGACAGUUUUCUUCUCGCGGAGCCAAACAUCACAUGCACCAGCCAGCCCCUGGCCAACGGAACGAGGCACACUGCGAACCUCCAGAUGGACAUAAGCACCGGGCCAGCUCUUUAUGCCGGUGGGGGUCCCAGCGGCCACAAUUACAGCAUGCAGUGUCAGUACAAUGAGUCGACAUUCGAGCUGCACACAGGGCUUGAACAGAACGUGGUUACGAAGUGGUGUCUGGUGUGUGAAUUGAAAUGGAGAGUCCAUAUUGCAAAGUUCUCUCUGUUGGUGGGGUCAAUCUUUGGAUACCUUGUAUUUGGGAUACUUGCAGACUGGUUUGGUCGACAUCCAGUGCUGAUCAUAUCAGUGCUGUUUAUGCUGGUGUUUGGUCUGACUGUGGCCUUUUCUGUCAACGUCACCAUGUUCAGCACCUUGCGUUUCUUUGAGGGCUUCUGCCUGGCAGGGAUCACUCUUUCUCUCUAUGUCCUGAGGAUUGAGCUGUGCCUGCCAGCAUGGAGGUUUUCCAUGACCAUGGUGGCCAGCUUUGUGGUUUUGGGUGGUCAGCUCCUGAUGCCCGGAGUGGCAUACCUCUGUCACGACUGGCAGGUACUUCAAGCUGUCAUCAUCUGUCCCCUCCUGCUUAUGCUGUCCUACAUUUGGAUUUUCCCUGAGUCGCUGCGCUGGUUGCUGGCAACCCAGCAGUACUGCCGCUCCAAAUGGAUCAUGGGACACAUAGAAACGAAAAAUAAAGUGAACCUGGAACGUGAUGCCGAUAACAUCCUCACAGAACUACAAAAUGCUCUUCAGAAGAAACCCAAAAGGACAUGCAUCGUGAAAAUGGCUGGUACGAGGAACUUGUGGAAGAACAUCGUCGUCCUGUGCGUCAACUCGUUAACAGGCUAUGGGAUCCACCACUGCUUUGCCCGGAGCAUGGUGAGUCCAGAGAAUGAGGAAAAAACCAUAUUCCGUGACUUCUAUGCAGAAUAUUACACCAAGGCUGGUAUAGCAGUGGCAUCGUGCAUUGCGUUGUGCCCAGCAGUGGGCCUGAUGGGCCGGCGUGGUGGACUUCUGAUGUUCAUGAUCAUCACCGCUCUGGCAUCACUACUGCAGCUGGGCUUGCUGAAUUUACUUUGGAAGUACAGCAAUCAUUUAAAUAUAGAACAGAAAAAAUCUACGCUGAAUAGGAAUUUCUCUAUUGCCUUCUCCAUCAUCGGUAUGUUCUCCUCUCACGCAGUCAGCAACCUAAGCAUCUUCUUCUGUGCUGAAAUCACUCCCACUGUAAUCAGGGGUGGUGGUGUGGGCCUUGUACUGGCCAGUGCUGGCUUUGGCAUGCUUACUGCACCAAUCAUGGACCUCCACAAUCAAAAAGGCUACUUCCUUCACCACAUAAUUUUUGCCUGUUGCACUCUCAUUUGCAUCAUUUGCAUUCUUCUUUUGCCUGAGACCCGUAACCAGUCGCUCCCAGAGACCAUCGAUGAUGGUGAGAACUACACUCGUCAGCCACUUCUCCUCCAGAGGAAACUGGGAGAACAGGACCUCUUGCUCCAUCAGCUAGAGCCCAACAGGGACUACUCCAGAGUGCAAGACACACCACUUCAUGAGACAGCCAAUGUUGCAUUGUCAACCAUGGCCUCCACUGCCUCUUCAGCAGUUGAUUUGCCUACUUUGGCAGCUGGAGAUUUGUCUGUUACCAAUAAUUUGAAAGAAGGACUAGACCUGCUUGAGCCACAAGACCCUAGCGGUCACUCCUCUCCAUUUCCACUAUCAGCCUCCGCAAUGUCCAGAGGUAAAGACGUCAUCAUACAAGCCAACAAGGAAUGCCUGCUGUCUUCUAGUCCUUUACACAAAGCCCCAUGCGCUACAGAUCCACUUUUAGCAGAUGCAGAAGAACUUUUGGUAGUUCAGGAAUCUACAGACAAUAUCCAUCUUGAAGUGAAUAACACGACUCCUUCUCCCAAAACUAAGGAUGGCCCCGGGAUUGUUGAUUUGCAUGUCUCUUCACCUCCCAUUAUCCCCCAAACAUUGCCGGCCUCCUUGUUGAUUUGUACAACCCCUGUCAUUGAGCCCCGUCCUAGUUCCAUACUAGAGUCUCCGAACCCACUGGAAAAUGACAUUGAUGAAAUCAUUACAACAUCCAAGCCGCUGGUAUCUGAAGACGCUCCUAGUAUUUCAGAAAACCUCCUUCCAACAUCAGACCUGGACCAACCCGCCCAAACUUCAACCUCCAGUACCCCACAGUUUGAUAUCCCCCCUAAAGUAGAAAAAAUAUUAGAAACUGCAUGUACUCCUGAUAUUAGAAACUCACAGCCACCGCAUUUAGAUCUGAUGCCCUUCAAUGGUAAAGAUAUCUCUUCUCAUUCCUCCACUCCUCCAAGUUUAGUAGCUGUGUCACCAAAACACACGUGUGCUCCACCUACUGACUCAGAUCCCACGCCCUUUGCUGACUCUUCCUCUGUCUACACCACAGCAAGAAGUCCAACUGUCCUCCCUGUCACAGACAUUGUGAAUACCAUACAUCUAGAAUCAUCCACAAACAUUGUACAAGAUUCUGUCAUUUCUCUAGAUUUAAAUUCUGUACAGUCAAAUUCCAAUGUGGAUGUAGUCCCUGUUGAGGCAGCUCCCAUCUCUUUAAUGGACAGCACUGUGUCCUCCCCCAUAGACUCUGGUGUCAUAGCCACCAUGGACAGGGAGACUUCCAGCACAGAAAACAACUCUGUCAAUGGCACAGCAUCGACAUGAUUAUGUGUUGCAGCCAAAAAAAAUGUGAAGCUUUAUGUGUCGCACCAAGAGGCAGCCACCUACAUCCAUAAGACAGCAUGGAGCUUUUGGGGGUGUGGGAGUGGAGACUACCUAGCCCAGACUUCAGGUCCUUCAUGAAGACUGGUCCAAACUGGAUCUGGGUAGACUUGUCAUACACUAGCUGCUUUAUUUUCUUCAGUGCUUCUCCAUCCUUCCUUGUGUCAUUGUGGAUUUCGCCAAUAACUGAAGACCACACAAGUGAGAGACUGCAGCACUGGCUGGUUUGUAACAAUGUAAUGUCAAUAUCUGCACUUCAGGAACAUGACUGGAAAUCACCAGCGUAUAAAGUACUCUUUUUCUUUCUUUUUUAAAAUUAAUUAAUUAAUCAACAACUUUGGGUGAGCGAAAGAAGGGAAAACCACUGUCAUUUUGAAUGCCAAUGAUUGCAGAGAUGUCAUCAGCUCUGAUGAAGAAAUGAGAAGCCAACGAUAACAAUGGAUACCACCAAUGCUUUUGCUUAAAUAAAAUGUUUUUAAUUUGCGUCCAUCAAAAAGGCCUUACAUAUUUACAAGAAAUUGGAAUGUUGCAAAGUAUUUUUGCUGUUGUAAAUGUAAAUUAUUUAAAUUGGACACCUUGUUUUAUUUAUUUUUUCACCAAAUACAAAUACCAAAUACUGCCCUAACCAAAACAAACAUUGAUGUAGUGCCAAAACAUAAAUAGCAGUACAGUGUUUUUUUUUUUUGUUUUUUUUUCCUGUCUUGGGACAUUUAUGGGAGACUUAUAAAGAGAAUGUGAAGUUGCUCUUGCACCAUGUUGAAUUUUGGAUGACUCGGUUUGUUUAUGUGCCAAUUUCUCUAGAGUUCUCAUCUCUAAGGCUGUUUUCCAUUUGGGAACUCAACACAUUUCUCUUCAGCUUCAUAAUUUUAGAUUUCUAAAAAUCAAAAAUCAAAUGUACAAGCGUGGACCUAAGAGGAGAAGCGAGCAGCACAGACGCUGGUGUGGCAGUUGCUAUGGCACAGGGAAUGAGAGAAGGAGUUCUUGAGCCUAAAAUUACGUCUCAGCAUUGAAAAGGACAAAUAUGCCUAUCCACUACUGUCUAAAAAUAACCUUUUUUUUUUAACCAUAUGCUGCACCAUAAAAUCAACAGAUAACUAUAUUCCCUUGAAAUAAUUCCAGUUGAUUUGCUUUCUUUAAUGAGACGUUCAAGAGAAUUGGGUCUUGAAGGCAAGGGGAUAUGAGUGGGACACUGGCUUCUUUCUUGAGGUAUCCUUAUGAGAUUUACAGAAUUCAAAUUCAUUGGGUUCCAUAUAUCGAUUGCUAUUGCUUUUGAUAGUCAUUUUAGGUUUUUUGCUCUUUUUUUUUUUUUUUUUGUUAUGAAAUGUAUUUUCUUUGAAGAAAAAACCCUCUCCCCUUCUCUGCCAACAGCUGACAACCAGCUUAUUGGUUAAAGCAAUCAGUGAAAGGCAUUUAAAAAUAGAUGGUACUCCAAUUUCAAUAUGCAAAACCAAAUGUGGCAUAACUUCAUUCUUUGUUUUCACAUUCUUCUCAGACUGCAUAAUGAAUACCACUAUUUAUGUGUUGCAUUUUUUUUUUGUUUUUUUUUGUUAAAGUGAGCAAAAAAAUAGGUAAACUAGCACAUGGUGAUUUUUGUGGAUUAAGGAGCAACUUUUGUUUGAGAGUUGUUUCAGCCAGUGAAAAUAAUUGUAUGCAAAUCCUCUUUUGUUCAACCUUAGUUAUGACCAAGUAUGUUAAUUAACUCUCGAGCUUGAUUCAGUUUUGUUUUUAUAAUCUCCAAAGUAUUAUUUUCAGAACUCUCCUUGGUGUGCCCUUAAUGUACAGAGCUAUACAUCCUUAUUACAGUAUUUGUGGCACCUUCAUAUGGUGGCACUUUAUUUUUGUGCAGUGGGGAUAAAGCAUGAAAUCUAUCGUGAAAGUGUAAACAAAACUGUUAAAUCUUUUAGGGAAAAAAAAAAAAUCAAAGAAAAAAAUGAGUUGUCCAAAAUGUUUGAUGCGAUGCCAAUCGUUGCUGCAUUGAUAACCUAUAAUGUGUGUGUGUGUGUUUUCUAAAUCAUUAACAUAGUAUGUCAUUAUUUCCUUACAUACAUUUUCGCACAAACACAUGCACAACUUACUCUUAAAAAAUGCAAUACACUACACAAAAUUACAUGUUCUGAAUUGACAUAUUGAUUUUAACUAAAUGAAACGCUCUUUCUCAUGGAAGUACUUUUGCUUCCAAAAGUCCACUUCCGGACUGCAGCCUAUUUGAUGUAGUCACUUGUGUAACAGUUGUAGUAGUUUCAUACUUCUUGCUUUUGAAGUUGUUAUACUUGUGUACAGGAGGAUGUGUGACUGUGGAUGUGUUACUGUUUACAACAAGCCUCACAAUGACCAUUAGUAAUAAUAACAAUAAUAGUGCCGUACUGUAUACCUUGAAAGACAGACGAUGUCUUGUGAUCUGAAAUGUGAUAAAACUCUGUAGAUCAUUUAUCCAGGGAUGUGUUGAGGUGAUCUGUUAAGGUGUUGUCAGGAUUCAUAAAAUCACUAGACCUAUAAAAUUCUCUGUUAUCAUGUGAAAGACCUGUGAAGAGCCUUACACUUUGCUAAUUGUUGAAAAUGCUACAUAUCUUUGAUUGUUUGAAUGACUGAUCAAACUCUUAAGACGUGUGUUUGAUAUGAGAAAAAUAGCUCACUUGCUGAUUGAUUAGGGGUGGUCUUUGAUUGUUUCAUUAUUGAUGUAACUAAGAUGUCCAUGUGGUUCUCUCAUUUCAGAUGCAAAUAGUGUAUGCCACAUUCAAUUCUACUACACUUCAGAGCACAAGUAACUGCAACCAUUUAAAAUAGUGGUGUACUUAAGAGUGAAAGGGAAGUUGGAUGUGGAACAGGACGUAAGGACUGCUUGUCACACAAUAACUUUUACAUUACAUUUCCGUGUUUGUGAGUGGGUGGACGCCUCAGUUGGCUGAGCCUUCAAUGUGUGUGUUAGUAUUUAUCUGGGUGUGCAGCCAAAUUAAAGUUUGUAUACUUGAAAUCUAAAUGCAAAUCUGGAGUAAAAAAAACAACCAAACAAAAAAAAAAAAAAAAAAAAAAAAAAUCAACACAGCACAACACUGGUACUGUCUCCUCUGACAUCUGUUACUUCACUUUCUUCCAUUCAGCUAUUUCAGUGCAAAGAGGAGAUUUUUUUUUCUAUUUUUCGCAUUUGCAUCCAAUCCAACUUAUUAGGUUUUUUGUUUACAUGUAACUUUAUGUGAAAUGAAAGCAAUGCAGAGCAACGACGGCACCAGCGACUAAGGCUUUAGGGCUGACAUUUAUUGUUGGAAAGAUAAGAUGAAGGAUCGCAAAUCAAAGGAGUGGUAAAUAAAUUUUGAAUCCAGCUGAUAAGCCUUGGGGGGGAUGAAGUACCCAAUGCACACAUUUCAGGUUUUGCUUCUCUCAGUUGAGCGACUCAAAAUCUCUUUGUUGAGAGAUUCAAAUGAAUGUAAAAAAAAAAAAAAAAAAAACCUUGGAUUGUACAUUUUUAAGUAUCACUUGUCUGAUUUCAUUUUAUUUUAACUGACAUAAUGCACUUGUACAUAAGCCAUACAUGUUGAAUUAAACCACUAUUUAUUGAUGAAAUCUGA